AUGAACUGCGAGAUGAGCGCCGACUUGCCGACGCCCUGCGCGCCCAGGAUGGCGACGCGGUACGUGCACACGGCCGGCGGCGGCCCGCGCUCGGAGGCGGCGGGGGCGGCGGCGGCGGAGACAAUCAUGGUUGAUUCAAGCAUCCAAACUGAACCAGAAAUAGAGAUUGAAGAAAUAGAAGAAAAGGUUGACUCAGAUAAUUUGACAGAGCCCGAGACUCUGGUUCAUCCGAGUGUCAACUCAACACUCAACCCGGAGGCAGAAAGCUUCGUCACAAAGCAAGAAAGAAGAAGCCCGCAACAGACAAUCAUGGUUGACCUAUCCAUACAGACGGAGGCAGAAGAGGAAACAGAAGACAGUCUGCAAACGGCAGAGACAAGUUACGAACACUGCAUCUCAUAUGAUGAUGGAGACGGCAACGACGAUGGUGAUGGAGACGGCAACGACGAUGGUGAUGGAGACGGCAACGACGAUGGUGAUGGAGACGGCAACGACGAUGGUGAUGGAGACGGCAACGACGAUGGUGAUGGAGACGGCAACGACGAUGGUGAUGGAGACGGCAACGACGAUGGUGAUGGAGACGGCAACGACGAUGGUGAUGGAGACGGCAACGACGAUGGUGAUGGAGACGGCAACGACGAUGGUGAUGGAGACGGCAACGACGAUGGUGAUGGAGACGGCAACGACGAUGGUGAUGAUGGAGACGGCAACGACGAUGAUGAUGAUGGAGACGGCAACGACGAUGAUGAUGAUGGAGACGGCAACGACGAUGAUGAUGAUGGAGACGGCAACGACGAUGAUGAUGAUGGAGACGGCAACGACGAUGAUGAUGAUGGAGACGGCAACGACGAUGAUGAUGAUGGAGACGGCAACGACGAUGAUGAUGAUGGAGACGGCAACGACGAUGAUGAUGGAGACGGCAACGACGAUGAUGAUGAUGGAGACGGCAACGACGAUGAUGAUGGAGACGGCAACGACGAUGAUGAUGGAGACGGCAACGACGAUGAUGAUGGAGACGGCAACGACGAUGAUGAUGGAGACGGCAACGACGAUGAUGAUGGAGACGGCAACGACGAUGAUGAUGGAGACGGCAACGACGAUGAUGAUGGAGACGGCAACGACGAUGAUGAUGGAGACGGCAACGACGAUGAUGAUGGAGACGGCAACGACGAUGAUGAUGGAGACGGCAACGACGAUGAUGAUGGAGACGGCAACGACGAUGAUGAUGGAGACGGCAACGACGAUGAUGAUGGAGACGGCAACGACGAUGAUGAUGGAGACGGCAACGACGAUGAUGAUGGAGACGGCAACGACGAUGAUGAUGGAGACGGCAACGACGAUGAUGAUGGAGACGGCAACGACGAUGAUGAUGGAGACGGCAACGACGAUGAUGAUGGAGACGGCAACGAUGAUGAUGGAGACGGCAACGAUGAUGAUGAAGACGACAACGAUGAUGAAGACAACGAUGAUGAUGAAGACAAUGAUGAUGAAGACAAUGAUGGACAACAAUGA